UGAUUCUCCACCAUAUAAUUCUGAAUUCAACAAUAGGGUACGCUCAGCCACAUCCAUAUUGUACAUAGCAAACAUUUCGGUACAAAAAUGGCAUGGUCAGUCUGCUCAUACCAUGGAAUUCUGCUACCUUCAUCCACACCUGAGCAACAAAGGCUAAUUUUCCCCAGCAUGACAACAAGCACAUUGAAUAUGAGCAGAAAGCAGACAAAUAUUGGAGGUGGUGGAGGGCACUGUGGGAAGACAAAUGUUGCAUGUAAUGUUAGUCUAGAGGACUUCAUUGGAGGCGAUCUUCUCAAGUUUGAUUUAGGCCAAUGGUUAUCAGAUGUUGAAGAGCACAAAGCCUUAGCCAUCUACUCUCCCCAUGAGGGUGGCUAUGAGGGUCGCUACCUCAACAGGCUAAGAUAUCAAGGCUAUUAUUUCUUGGACCUCACCGCUCGUGGACUUGGUGAUCCUGAGACCACUCUCACUAAAUUUCACCCUGUUUGUCCGCCGCAUGUAGGGAAGCAGCCAAUUGCUAGGUGGUAUUUCCCACCAGAAGUUGAUUAUAGGCUCUCGUUACUUCCACCAAAUGCCAAAGGACUUGUGGUUUGGAUAAUUGAAGCAAAGGUUUUGUCAAAGGCUGAACUGCAGUUUCUUGCAUUACUUCCUACUUUGAGGCCUAGAGUCAGAGUGAUUGCAGAAUGUGGAAACUGGAGGAAGUUCAUGUGGAAACCUCUCAAGGAAAUUGCAGGAUUACCAGCACAAGAGGGACCAUAAUCCCCAGUCAAUAGGAUUAUUGCUACUAAUAUAUACUGCAACAGGUUCAAUGAUCAAAAUCAGCAUAAGGCCCCAUUUUACCUAAAAUUGGCCUUUCAUGGAACGUUCCAAAUUUGGGGGUUCAUUGAAAAUAAAACAUUUUGUAGCGUAAGAUAAUAGAAUGUAACCGUUUAUGUAAUCCCAGUUCAAAAAAGAUACGCUGCUGACAUUCUUUUCUGGCUUGCAUAUGCAUGCAACCUCGUAUGUACUUGUUUAUAAAUUGUUUUGCUUCAUCCAAGAUAUCCGAUUAAGGAAAUAUACAUCAAGAGUUGCAUUGGUGACCA